GGAAGGUUGAAGGAGGAGGAGAAACUCCGGUGGUACAAAUAGGCUCAGGAGAAUGAGGGGAACCCCAUGUUUGAACUUCACAUUUUGAUCUUUUAUUUGGAGGCCACCAAAAAAUCUUCACCUGUCGUGGAACCUGGGUGGAUGCAACUGCUAGAAGCUAAGAGUUUUUAGUGGACUGUUGCAAUGCUGAGUGAUGAAGAUAAUUGUAUGAACUUGAAAAGUGUUCACUCCCCUUCUGUGCAAUGGUAUAAGCUGGUCACACAUGAAGAUGAAAAGACCAGGCUGGUUUUUAAAAGGUACUCUCAAACAUGUUAUACUGUUUGCUGUCCUGGUGUGCUUCCUUUAUAUCCUCAAGUUAAGUUUUGGCCCUGAAGAAUGUGACAUGAAGAAAAUGCAUUAUGUGGACCCUGAACGUGUAAAGAGAGCACACAAAUAUGCCAAACUCGUAUGGCAAAGAGAAUGUCGACCUUCUUUUGUGAAGAAGGAAAUGGAGAGAUUAUUUGCUGAGAAGUACAGCGCAAAUGUAUUUCCCUUUGUAAGAGAAGAUAUAAAGAGACAUGAAGAUGUAUUUAAAUAUGAGCCCCCAUUUGGAUUUCACAAGAACUCUGAUAAACUUCAGAACCUCUUAAAACUCUUACCUGAACAUGACUUGCCAGAGAACUUGAAGUCUCAACACUGUAAGCGUUGUGUUGUUGUGGGAAGUGGUGGAUUACUUCAUGGAUUGGAACUGGGCCAUGUGCUGAAUCAGUUUGAUAUUGUUAUAAGAUUAAAUAAUGCACCAGUUCAGGGCUACACAGAUCAUGUUGGUAACAAAACUACCAUAAGGAUGACCUAUCCAGAAGGAGCCCCACUUUCUGAAAAUGAAUAUUACCCUGACAGCUUGUUCGUUGUUGUCUUAUUUAAAAGUGUUGAUUUCAAUUGGCUUCAAGCAAUGGUAAAAAAUGAAGCAUUGCCACUGUGGGUACGACUCUUUUUUUGGAAGCGGGUGGCUGAGAAAAUUCCUGUAACAUCAAAACAGUUUCGUAUUUUGAAUCCGAUCAUUGUUAAAGAGACUGCCUUGGAUAUACUACAAUACCCUGAACCUCGAUCUAAAUUUUGGGGCUGGGAUAAGAAUGUCCCCACAAUCGGGGUCACUGCUGUUGUUCUGGCCACACAUUUAUGUGAUGAAGUGAGUUUAGCAGGAUUUGGAUAUGACCUCAGUCAACCCAACACACCUUUGCAUUACUAUGACAGUGUCUGCAUGGCUGAAAUGAAUGGACAAACUAUGCAUAAUGUGACAACUGAAACAAAAUUCCUACAAAAACUGAUAGAAGAAGGGGUUGUGAAAGACCUCAGUGGAGGAAUACAGUGUGAAUUCUGCAAAAAACCAAGCUAAUGACUGGAACUGAGAGCACGGACUGGAUUAGAGGUUCCCGCAGCCUUUCCAGCAAUGGCCCUUUCAGUGCUCUCAUCCUACAAAGACUGAAGAAUCCCUGUUUGUAUUUCUGUUGCUUUUUAAAGUCAGUUGUAUUUGUUUUUGUUUUGUUUUUAUUUAUUUUGAGGCCAGGUUUUUACCUUGCACACUGUUGUGGAUAAUUAUCAAUACAGUUUUGAAUUUGGAAAAUUUAUUUAAAGUAUUGUUUUAAGCUGUCUGAAGAAACCUGAAAAUUUAAAAGUUUUAUAUGUGUAGGUCACUCAUGGUCCUAGGUGUGUUACCUAAUCCAGGGAGAAGAACGUUUUUCCCACUGAAGAGGUGUUGCAUUUGUGGGUCCAUUUGUCAGUAUGUGAUUCCUCUUUGUAUAUACAAAGAAAAACGAAGUGGGUUUUUCCACCUGAUUUUGCUUCGUUGCUUGCAGCUUCGCAAUUGUUUGUGGUAGAUCAUUUACUUGUGUAACAGUCUACAGAUACUUAAGCUACUCCCUUUAUGUACGGAUACCUGCUUUAGGGCAGGGCUGGGGGCAAAGGGCAGGAAAGAACAAAACUGAUAUGGCAAUGGAUCUGAACAGUGCAUUCAUUAAGGCCACAUCUAAUCGUGCCUGGUAUUUAAAUCUUUGACCAGUGUAAAUGCUUUAGGAUAAGAAUUCUGGCUGCUUAACCACUUGACGCAUUUGAGUCUAACCAUAUUAUAAAUAGACAAUUCCUAUAGGCUAAAUCUAUCUAAGACUAAACUUUUCUCUUUCCCCUUUCUGCCUCCUGAACAGUGGUUUAUAAUAUGGUUAGGUCAGAAAAAAAAGUU